UGAGUGCUGUUGCCCAGCGAUUCUCUGGAGGGAGGCUGGGGAGGCUUUGGUGGCUUGGGAGACCGUUAAACUUAAACAUAACUGGACUGGAGCAAAGUUGGAAUCAGAUUGAGAACCUAGUGGCUGGCAAGUGAAGCUCCCUUACAGUCAGGGGAUACUGUGGGAAUCUUUUUGCUGAACGUUUAAAACUUCGCCGCAAUGGCUCAAGUUGAGGAGGAGUAUGAAGAAUUUGAGGAGGAGGAGGAGGAGGAGGAGAUUGUGGAGGAGUAUGUUGAGGAGGUUACAACAACAACAACGACGACUGGCACUGUGCACAGCACUGCACAGCAAUCUCAGUCUGGCUUGCCCACCAGAAAAGUCAGGAAGAGGGCGAAGGUUGAUACUUCCAAGUUCAUGACUCCAUACCUGGCCCACAGCCAGAAGAUGCUGGAGCAGUUCAGCCAUAAUAAGUACCGCCACGCUUAUGACAUGUCCAAGGGGACACCUCCUGCCAUCAGCACUGAAACGCCUGAAAUGAUUCGCAUCAGGAAGGCCCAGGAGCAGCUGAGCGAGGUUAAAUACCGCAUGGAGGGAAACAAGGUUCGGACAACCAGCAUGUAUGGUGGUGAGGCCAGAGAGAUCGCCCACGUCAAGCAUGUCUCUGAUCUGAUCAGCAAGGUCCUGUAUAGGCAAAAGUGGGAUGAGACUAAAGACAAGUACCUGUUGCCUCCUGAUGCUCCUGAGCUGGUUCUGGCCGUGAAGAACGCUGCUAAUUACAGCAAAAAACUUUACACAGAAGCUUGGGACGAAGACAAGACCAUGUACUACCCGUACAGCGACAGCCCUGAGCUGCGCAGGGUGGCCAAGGCUCAGGAGGUCCUCAGUGAUGUUAUUUAUAAGAAGGGCCAUGAUGAGCGCAAAGCCAAGUACACGUCCUUGCCUGAUACUCCUGAGAUGGAAUUGGCCAGGAAAGUUGCCAAUCAACGUAGUGAUCUUAAAUAUAAAGAAGAUUACAAUAAAAAUGUAAAGGGUCAGUGGUGUGAAACGCCCUAUUUUGACGUCGCCAUUGGUAGGAUGGCCAUGGACAACCUCAGCGAUAAAAAAUACACUCAACAUCAUGAAGAUACAAAAGACCAAAUUUAUUUCAUGCAAACUGACACGCCUGUUUACGGUGCAAACAAGAAGGCUCGUAUUGCUGCUAGUGAGGUCCAAUACAAGAAGGAUUACGAGAAGAAUAAAGCUACGUGUGACUACAACACCCUCCCUGCCACAGAGAAUCCCCUCCUGAGACAGCUCCGAUACGCCGGCACCAUCCUCAGUGACAAAGUGUAUAAGUCAAAUUAUGAGAAAUCCAGGGGUUCAAGCAUCAACUACUGUGACACACCAAAGUUUCAAAUGGAUUCAGUACUUAAACAUUUCACUGACGCGCAUUACAAAGAGAAGUAUGACAAUCAGGUGAAGGGCCACUACAUCGGUAGCUAUGAAGACCUCUACAUGCUUCACUGCCAGAAAGUCGAGGAAAUGAAGAAUGAGCAAUUAUACAAAUCAGAUUAUGAAGACCUUAAAACUAGAUGCUUUUUCCCCCAAACAAUGACUCCUGAAUAUGAAGUAUCGAAGAAGCUUGAACAGUGUAAAGACAAAGUUUACCGGCAACAUCCAGGCACGGUCAAAUUUACACAAGUUGUGGAUUCGCCGGUCAUGGUUCAAGCUGAGAUCAACGCCAAACAGCUAAGUGACUUAAACUAUAAGGCAAAGUAUGAAGAAACAAAGUUCAAGUGUAACCUGCCGCCGGACUAUCCCUUCUUCGUCCAGUCCAAAGUCAAUGCUUUUAAUCUGAGCGAUAAUUGUUAUAAGUAUGACUGGGAAAGAUCUAAAGCCAAGAAGUUUGAGGUCAAGGGCGAUGCCAUAGCAAUCCUUGCUGCUCGUGCUCACACAAACAUUGCCAGCGAUGUUAGAUAUAAAAAAGAGUAUGAGAAGAACAAGGGUCAGAUGGUUGGAGCCCUCAGUAUUCAUGAUGAUCCCAAGAUCUUGCACUCAGUUCAUGUAGCCAAAAUCCAGAGUGAGCGUGAAUAUAAGAAGGACUAUGAAAAAAUAAAGACCAAGUAUCAUUCACCUCUGGAUAUGAUAGCAUUCACUUCAGCCAAGAAAUCUCAGGCAAUCGCCAGCAUGGCUGGGUAUAGGAGGAUUAACCCCAACUACUUCCUGCCGCACGACAGCGUGCUGCUGGAUCUGGCCAAGAGAGCUAACAUCAUCCAAAGUGACAAUGACUACAGAUCUGACUACCACAACAUGGUUAAGGGUUCACCAUGGGUCCCCUUUGGCUCCAUGGAAAUUGAAAAAUGUAAAAAGGCUGGUGAGAUUCUUAAUGAGAAAAAAUACAGACAGCACCCAGAUACAAUCCCCUUCACAUCUAUUGAUGAUCACCCCGUCAUGAUGCAGUCCAAAGUAAACCAGCUUCAAAGGAGUGAUAUUUUCUACAAGAGGGGUCUUCAGGAAGUCCAUCAGAAGUACUCCCUGCCUCCUGAUGUGCCAGAGUUUCAACAAGCCAAGUGCAACGCCUACCAUAUCAGCAACAACUACUACAAGCAUGGCUGGCAGGAGAUAAUUGCAAAAGGUUAUGACUUGAAGCCUGAUGCAAUCUCCAUUAUCGCUGCCAAGGCAGCUACACAUCAUGCCAGUGAUUACAAGUACAAGCAGGCCUAUAACAAGGCCAAAGGCCAGCAUGUUGGCUUCCGCAGCAUCCAGGACGACCCUCUGCUGGUUCACUACAUGCAGCUGGCUAGGCUGCAGAGUGACAAGAACUACAAGAAGGAUUACCACAAGUCCAAGCUGAAGUAUCACACCCCAGUGGACAUGCUGAGUGUGGCCCAGGCCAAGCACGCCUCUGCCGUUCAGACCUUUGCUGGCUAUAAACAGCAUCACCAUAAUUACAGUCUUAUGCCUGACUGUAUGAGUCUUAAACUUGCUCGCGCUAUGAACUUCAAUGCCAGUGAUUACCAUUAUAAGAUGGAUUAUGAGCUCUCAGUCAAGGGAAGUGGCUGGGUUCCCAUUGGUUCACUUGCUGUGGAAAAGGCCAAGACUGCAGCAGCAGCGCUUGAUGAGAAAAAUUAUCGGCAGCACCCUUCCACGGUCAAAUUCACUAGUGUCACCGACUCCAUGAACAUGGAACUGGCCAAAGCUAAUGCCAAGAUCAUGAAUAUGAAAGAAUAUAAAGCCAGUGGAGAGAAAUUUAUGCACACUUACAAUCUCCCACAUGAUACGCCUGAACUGUUGCAAGCCAGAUACAAUGCUGUGAACGUCAGUAAGAAUUUCUACACGCACUCACAUCGUCAAGAUCUGCUCAAAGGACAUCACAUGAAGGAAGAUGCCAUUUCCAUUCUGGCAGCCAGAUCCAAUACCAAUCAUGCCAGUGAUUACAAGUACAAGCUGGCCUAUAACAAGGCCAAAGGCCACCAUGUUGGCUUCCGCAGCAUCCAGGACGACCCUCUGCUGGUUCAUUACAUGGAGCUGGCUAAGCUGCAGAGUGACAAGAACUACAAGAAGGAUUACCACAAGGCCAAGCUGAAGUAUCACACCCCAGUGGACAUGAUGAGUGUGGCCCAGGCCAAGCACGCCUCUGCCGUUCAGACCAUGACUGGAUACAAGAAGAUUCCUCACAGCUUCGCCCUCCUUCCUGAUAACAUGCACCUGCAUCUGUGUCGCCACAUGAUGGAGAUUCAGAGCGAUAAUGCAUAUAAGUCAGAUUACAACAACUCCUGCAGAGGUACAGGAUGGGUUCCAAUGGGCUCGAUAGGUAUUGAACAUGCCAAAGCUGCCAGCCAUGCAUUGGAGGAGAAAGGCUACCGCCAACAUCCCAGUACCUUUAAGUUUACGAGCAAGACUGAUGAUAUGAACAUGGUUCUGGCUAUGGCCAACUCAAAGCAGCAAAACCACAGUGCAUAUAAAGCUUCUGGUGAGAAAUUCAUGCACACCUAUAAUCUGCCACAUGACAGCCCAGAGUUCCUUCAAGCUAAAUUCAAUGCCCAGUCUAUUAGCGAGAGUCAUUACAAGCAGAAGUGGGUGGAAGAUAUUGCCAAGGGUUAUGACAUGAAGCCGGAUGCUAUUUCUAUUCUCCAUGCCAAGCACGGCAGACAUAUUGCCAGUGAUUUCCAAUACAAAAAGGCCUAUGAGAAGGACAAAGGCCACCAUGUUGGCUUCCGCAGCAUCCAGGACGACCCUCUGCUGGUUCACUACAUGCAGCUGGCUAAGCUGCAGAGUGACAAGAACUACAAGAAGGAUUACCACAAGUCCAAGCUGAAGUAUCACACCCCAGUGGACAUGAUGAGUGUGACCCAGGCCAAGCACGCCUCUGCUGUUCAGACCAUGGCUGGAUACAAAAAGAUCCAUCAUAGCUACCAGCUUCUUCCUGACAACAUGCACCUGCAUCUGUGUUCAAACAUGAACAUGAUCGCAAGCGAUUACCAUUACAAAUUUGAUUGGAACAACAGUGUCAGAGGUACUGGAUGGAUUCCUAUUGGCUCAAUUGGAGUUGAGAACGCUAGAGUUGGUGGUGAGAUUCAGAGUGACAAUAGGUACCGCACUCAUCCAUCCAAAUUCCAGUUCAAAAAAUUGAUGGACUCCAUGGACUUGACUCUGGCAUCUGCUAACAACAAGAUCAUGAGCAAGCAAGCCUACACUGCAGCUUGGGACAAAGAUAAAACGACCACACACAUCCAGACAGAUUCUCCUGACUUUGUGCUGGCCAAGGCUAAUGCAGUAACCAUGAGCAAUAAAUUUUACAAAGCUGGCGUUGUAGAAAUGGCCAACAAGGGAUACAACCUCAAACCAGAUGCCAUUUCCAUUCUGGCAGCCAGAUCCAAUACCAAUCAUGCCAGUGAUUACAAGUACAAGCUGGCCUAUAACAAGGCCAAAGGCCACCAUGUUGGCUUCCGCAGCAUCCAGGACGACCCUCUGCUGGUUCAUUACAUGGAGCUGGCUAAGCUGCAGAGUGACAAGAACUACAAGAAGGAUUACCACAAGGCCAAGCUGAAGUAUCACACCCCAGUGGACAUGAUGAGUGUGGCCCAGGCCAAGCACGCCUCUGCCGUUCAGACCAUGGCAGGAUACAGACGCAUCCAUCACUCUAACGCUCUCCUCCCUGAUGCCAUGAACCUGCAACAUGCACGUACUAUGAAUUUCCAGGCUAGUGACUAUAACUACAAGUUUGAUUGGAAUAACUUUGUCAGAGGCAGUGGAUGGGUCCCCAUUGGUUCACUGGGGGUGGAGACUGCCAAACUUGGUAGUUUAAUUCAGAGUGACAACAGGUAUCGCACUCAUCCAUCCAAAUUCCAGUUCAAAAAACUGAUGGACUCCAUGGACUUAACUCUGGCAGCGGCCAACAACCACAUCAUGGACAAGAAAGCAUAUACCGAUGCAUGGGAAAAAGACAAAGUCAAAGUCCAUGUGAUGUCAGAUGCCCCUGAGAUUGUCCUGGCUAAGGCUAAUGCGCACAAUAUGAGCGAUAAACUUUACAAAGCAGGGCUUGUGGAGAUGGCCAAUAAGGGAUACAACCUCAAACCAGAUGCCAUUUCCAUUCUGGCAGCCAGAUCCAAUACCAAUCAUGCCAGUGAUUACAAGUACAAGCAGGCCUAUCAGAAGGCCAAAGGCCACCAUGUUGGCUUCCGCAGCAUCCAGGACGACCCUCUGCUGGUUCACUACAUGGAGAUUGCUAAACUGCAGAGUGACAAGAACUACAAGAAGGAUUACCACAAGUCCAAGCUGAAGUUUCACAGCCCAGUGGACAUGAUGAGUUUGGCCCAGGCCAAGCACGCCUCUGCCGUUCAGACCUUUGCUGGAUACAGGAGUAUUAUCCCCCGCUACACCGUGCUCCCUGAUGCCAUGAAUCUGCAACUGGCUCGUCACAUGCAGUUUAUUGCCAGUGAUAACCACUACAAAAAGGAUUACGAGUUGUGCGUGAAAGGACUUGGAUGGGUUCCGGUUGGAUCCCUGGAUGUCGAGAAAGCAAAAACGGCUGGAAAGGCCUUAAAUGAGAAACUGUACCGUCAACCACCCAGUAACUUCAAAUUCACCAAAGACAUGCACUCUAUGGACCUGGUUCUAUGCAGUGCCAACAACCACAUUAUGGAUAAGCAAUCGUACACCAAAGCCUGGGAAACUGACAAGACUACGAUCCAUGUCACGCCGGAUGAUAUGAGCAUCGCUCUGGCAAGAGAAAACAAGAAACACUACAGUGAGAAACUGUACAAACUGGAUAAUGAGCUGUCAAAGCAGAAGGGCCAUCACGUUCGUGGCGAUGCCAUUGCAAUCCUGGCUGCGAAAGCCAACUCUGUUAUUGCAAGCGAUUACAAAUACAAGACAGGAUACCGGGCACAGGUUGGCCACCACAUUGGUGCCCGCAGCAUCCAGGAUGAUCCUCUGCUCAUGUUGGCUCUCAACUCAGCUAAAAUUGCCAGUGACGCUCUGUACAAGAAGGACUUCAACAAGUCCAAGACCAAGUUCCACCUGCCAGUGGACAUGAUAUCAUUUGAAUUGGCCAAGAAAAACCAGAUCCAAGUCAACAAUUUCAACUACAUCACCCGCCUGCACAACUGGACCUGUCUGCCAGACUCCACCGACGUGGUCCAGGCCAGACAUGCCUAUGACAUACAGAGCGAUCAUAUAUACAAGACAGAUUUUAGGGUGCAGCAAGGUGUUGGAUGGGUGCCCAUAGGUUCACUGGAUAUUGAGAAGGCGAAGAAAGCUGGUGAGAUCCUGGGUGAGAAAAACUAUCGUCAGCACCCAAGCAACUUCAAAUUCAAAGGCACUACUGAGGACAUGCCCAUGGUGCUGGCUAAAGCCAAUGCUCACGUCAUGAACCAGAGCGCUUAUAUUCAAGCCUGGGAGAAUGACAAGACCAGCAUCCAUGUCAUGCCUGAUGCUAUGAGUAUCCUUCUGGCCAAGGCAAACAGUGGCAUUGCCAGUGAGAAAAAGUACAAGCAGGCGUAUGAAGAUGCCAAGCUGAAGGGAUAUGACCUGCGCAAUGAUGCCAUUUCCAUUCUUGCAGCAAAAGCUCACAGAGAUAUUGCCAGCGAUUACAAGUACAAGACAGGAUACCGGGCACAGGUUGGCCACCACAUUGGUGCCCGCAGCGUCCAGGAUGAUCCUCUGCUCAUGUUGGCUCUCAACUCAGCUAAAAUUGCCAGUGACGCUCUGUACAAGAAGGACUUCAACAAGUCCAAGACCAGAUUCCACCUGCCGGUGGACAUGCUGGCUCUUGAACUGGCCAAGAAAUGCCAGAUCCAAGUCAAUGAUUUCAACUACAGGACUCAUCUGCACAAGUGGACUUGUCUGCCAGACUCCACCGACGUGGUCCAGGCCAGACAUGCCUAUGACAUACAGAGCGAUCAUAUAUACAAGACAGAUUUUAGGGUGCAGCAAGGUGUUGGAUGGGUGCCCAUAGGUUCACUGGAUAUUGAGAAGGCGAAGAAAGCUGGUGAGAUCCUGGGUGAGAAAAACUAUCGUCAGCACCCAAGCAACUUCAAAUUCAAAGGCACUACUGAGGACAUGCCCAUGGUGCUGGCUAAAGCCAAUGCUCACGUCAUGAACCAGAGCGCUUAUAUUCAAGCCUGGGAGAAUGACAAGACCAGCAUCCAUGUCAUGCCUGAUGCUAUGAGUAUCCUUCUGGCCAAGGCAAACAGUGGCAUCGCCAGUGAGAAAAAGUACAAGCAGGCGUAUGAAGAUGCCAAGCUGAAGGGAUAUGACCUGCGCAAUGAUGCCAUUUCCAUUCUUGCAGCAAAAGCUCACAGAGAUAUUGCCAGCGAUUACAAGUACAAGACAGGAUACCGGGCACAGGUUGGCCACCACAUUGGUGCGCGCAGCGUCCAGGAUGAUCCUCUGAUCAUGCUGGCUCUGAACACAGCCAAAAUUGCCAGUGACGCUCUGUACAAGAAGGACUUCAACAAGUCCAAGACCAAGUUCCACCUGCCAGUGGACAUGCUGAAUCUUGAACUGGCCAAGAAAUGCCAGAUCCAAGUCAAUGAUUUCAACUACAGGACUCAUCUGCAUAAGUGGACUUGUCUGCCAGACUCCAAUGACGUGGUCCAGGCCAGACAUGCCUAUGCUAUAAAUAGCGAUGCUAUCUACAAGGAGGAUUGGAAGGCGCAGCAAGGUGUUGGAUGGGUGCCCAUAGGUUCACUGGAUAUUGAGAAGGCGAAGAAAGCUGGUGAGAUCCUGGGUGAGAAAAACUAUCGUCAGCACCCAAGCAACUUCAAAUUCAAAGGCACUACUGAGGACAUGCCCAUGGUGCUGGCUAAAGCCAAUGCUCACGUUAUGGACAAGAAAUCAUACACUCAAGUCUGGGACAAAGAGAAGACGAAUAUCCAUGUCAUGCCUGAUGCCAUGGAAGUUCUUCUAGCCAAAGCAAACAGUCACAACUACAGCUUGAAAAAGUACAGACAGGCACACGACGAUGACAAGAUGAAGGGCUAUGACCUGCGCAACGACGCCAUUUCCAUCAUUGCUGCCAGACAACAUAGAAACAUUGCCAGUGAUUACAAGUACAAGACAGGAUACCGUGCGCAGGUUGGCCACCACAUUGGGGCCCGCUGCGUCCAGGAUGAUCCUCUGAUCAUGCUGGCUCUGAACACAGCCAAAAUUGCCAGUGACGCUCUGUACAAGAAGGACUUCAACAAGUCCAAGACCAAGUUCCACCUGCCAGUGGACAUGCUGAAUCUUGAACUGGCCAAGAAAUGCCAGAUCCAAGUCAAUGAUUUCAACUACAGGACUCAUCUGCACAACUGGACGUGUCUGCCAGACUCCACCGACGUGGUCCAGGCCAGACAUGCCUAUGACCUACAGAGUGAUGCUGUCUACAAAUCUGACCUGAAGUGGCUCCAGGGUACGGGCUGGGUCCCCAUUGGCUCAAUUGAUGUAAUGAAAGCUAAAAAGGCUGGUGAGAUUUUGAGUGAAAGAAGUUACCGCCAACACCCCAGCACUGUUCCAUUCACAAGUCCCCUGGAUAGCCUUGAAAUUGUGUUGGCAAAACAUAAUGCUUUGACAAUGAACAAGAGCCUCUACAUAGACGCAUGGGAGAAGGAAAAGACAAAGCUGCACAUCAACCAUGACCUUCCUGAGAUUCACCUCGCUCACCAGAAUGCUAUCAACAUAAGCAAUAAAUUAUAUAAACAAGAUUUCGAGAACCUCAUCAACAAGGGCUACCACCUCCCUGGCGAUGCGAUCUCUGUAAAGGCUGCCAAGGCCCACAGGGACAUCAUCAGCGAUUACAAGUACAAGACAGGCUACCGUGCGCAGGUUGGCCACCACAUUGGUGCCCGCAGCGUCCAUGAUGAUCCUCUGAUCAUGCUGGCUCUCAACUCAGCUAAAAUUGCCAGUGACGCUCUGUACAAGAAGGACUUCAACAAGUCCAAGACCAAGUUCCACCUGCCAGUGGACAUGCUGAAUCUUGAACUGGCCAAGAAAUGCCAGAUCCAAGUCAAUGAUUUCAACUACAGGACUCAUCUGCACAAGUGGACUUGUCUGCCAGACUCCAACGACGUGGUCCAGGCCAGAAAGGCCUAUGAUCUCCAAAGCAAUGCUGUAUACCACGCUGACAAGGCUGAGGUCGUUGGUGUGGGAUGGGUCCCCAUUGGUUCAGUGGAUGUGCUGAAGGCCAAACAUGCUGGAAAUAUUCUCAGUGAACGUCUUUACAGGCAGUCACCAGACACAUUCAAAUUCAAAACUGACAUGCAUUCUAUGUCCAUGGUCUUAGCCAAAGCAAAUGCUGAUAUCAUGAACAAGAAAGACUACAACGCCGCAUGGGAGGCGGACAAGAUUAAGACCCACGUGACCCAUGACAUGCCCGAAAUGUUGCUUUCCAGACAUAAUGCUUACAUCAUCAGCCAUAAAUAUUACAGGGAAGAUGUUGACAGGUUGUUCAAGAAGGGCUACAACAUGAAGGCUGAUGCUAUUUCUAUUAAGGCUGCCAAACACGGAAGAGAAAUCAUCAGUGAUUACAAAUACAAGACAGGAUAUCGUAAGCAGGUUGGCCACCACAUUGGAGCCCUCACCGUCAAAGAUGAUCCUUUGAUCGUGCUGGCUAUGAACUCAGGGAAGAUUGCCAGUGAUAUUCUGUACAAGAAGGACUUCAACAAGUCCAAGACCAAGUUCCACCUGCCAGUGGACAUGCUGAAUCUUGAACUGGCCAAGAAAUGCCAGAUCCAAGUCAAUGAUUUCAACUACAGGACUCAUCUGCACAACUGGACGUGUCUGCCAGACUCCAACGACGUGGUCCAGGCCAGAAAAGCUUAUGACUUGCAGAGCGAUGCCGUGUACAAGGCUGACAUGGAAUGGAUCAGGGGAACGGGAUGGGUGCCGAUUGGUUCAAUUGAUGUGGAGAAAGCCAAGAAAGCAGCUGAUGCUCUGAGUGAAAGGAAGUACCGCCAGCAUCCCAGCACCUUCAAGUUCACCGCCAACACAACUGACAUUCCAUAUGUUCUUGCUAUGGCCAAUAACGAGAUCAUGAACAAGAAAAACUAUGUUGCUGCCUGGGAGAACGAUAAGACCAACCUCCAUGUCAUGGCUGACACUCCUGAGAUUCUCCUGGCCAAGCAGAAUAAACUCAACACCAGUCUGAAACAUUACCGUGAAGGUUUUGUGAACGCCAUCAACAAGGGCUACCAUCUUCCGAAAGAUGCCAUUUCUGUUCUGGCAGCCAGGUCACACCGUGACAUUGCCAGUGAUUACAAAUACAAGGCUGGAUUCCGCGCGCAAUGUGGUCAUCAUAUUGGUGCCCUCAGCGUUAAAGACGACCCAUUGAUUAUGUUAGCUGCUAAUGCAGCCAGGAUCUCCAGCGACAAUAUCUACAAGAAGGAUUUCAAUAAGACGAAGACGAAGUUCCACCUCCCAGUAGACAUGCUAACUGUGGAACUGGCCAAGAAAUGCCAGCAACAAGUCAAUGACUUCAACUACAGGACUCACCUGCACCAGUGGACGUGUCUGCCAGACUCCAACGAUGUGGUCCAGGCCAGAAAGGCCUAUGACCUGCAGAGUGAUGCUGUUUACAAAGCUGAUAUGGAGUGGCUGAGAGGAUGCGGCUGGUCACCACAUGACAGUGUGGAUGUUCUCAAAGCCAGACAUGCUCAGGCCGUUCUGAAUGAAAGGCUCUACCGCCAGCCCCCAAGCACCGUCAAGUUCACCAGUGUCGUCGACCUCCCGGCUAUUGUCUUAUCCAAGCAAAAUUCUGACAACCUCAGUCCUUGGAAAUAUCGGGAAGUCUGGGAUAAAGAGAAGGUCAGCAUUCACAUCCCACACGACGCCCCCGACUUUCAACUGGCAAAGGCAAAUGCCAUCUCUAUCAGCAAUAAACUGUACACAAAGGGAUGGGAUGACCAGAAAGCCAAAGGCUACCACAUCAAGGAGGAUGCUAUCUCUGUGUUGAAAGCUAGAGCUUCCAGAGAUAUCGUUAGUGAUUACAAGUACAAGACAGGAUACCGUGCGCAGGUUGGCCACCACAUUGGGGCCCGCUGCGUCCAGGAUGAUCCUCUGAUCAUGCUGGCUCUGAACUCAGCCAAGAUUGCCAGUGACGCUCUGUACAAGAAGGACUUCAACAAGUCCAAGACCAAGUUCCACCUGCCAGUGGACAUGCUGAAUCUUGAACUGGCCAAGAAAUGCCAGAUCCAAGUCAAUGAUUUCAACUACAGGACUCAUCUGCACCAGUGGACUUGUCUGCCAGACUCCAACGACGUGGUCCAGGCCAGAAAGGCCUAUGAUCUCCAAAGUGAUGCGGUGUACAAAGCUGACAUGGAAUGGUUGCGUGGCUGCGGAUGGGUGCCACAUGAGUGUGUGGAUGUUAUGAAGGUGAAGCAUGCGCAGAAGAUCCUUGCUGAGAGGGGCUACCGUGUCAAAUUGGAUGACCAGAAAUACACUGUUCCCACGGACAGAGUUGAUAUUGCCUGUGCCAAAAAUGCAGCUGAUGUUUUAAAUGAGGCCAAAUAUCGUGAGGCUUGGCACAAGGACAAGACAAAGUACACACUGACGGACUCGCCAACUCUUAUCACAGCCAGAGAGGUGGCUAAAAAUGUUCACCCGAAACUGUACACCCAAGCAUGGGACAAGGUGAAAGCCACUGGAUACUUCAUGCCAGGAGAUGCUGUACCAAUUAAGCAGUGCAUCCAUACAAGUAAUGUGCAAAGUAAACAUAAGUAUCUAGAGAGCUACCGUAAGCAGGUUGGUCACCAUAUUGGAGCCCUCAGUGUCCGGGAUGAUCCUCUGAUCAUGCUGGCUCUGAAUUCAGCCAGGAUAGCUAGUGAUGCUCUGUACAAGAAGGACUUCAACAUGUCCAAGACCAAGUUCAAGCUGCCAGUGGACAUGUUACAGUUUGAACUAGCCAAGAAAUGCCAGAUCCAAGUGAAUGAUGAGAACUACAGAACUCGUCUGCACAACUGGACCUGUAUGCCAGACCAAAAUGAUGUCAUCCAGGCCCGCAAAGCCUAUGAACUACAAAGUGAUGUUAUCUAUAAAGCUGAUCUGGAAUGGCUUCGUGGCUGCGGCUGGAUGGCUGGUGGUAGUGUGGAACAUGUUAAAGUCAAGAAAGCCCAGGAAAUUCUUAAUGAAAGGCUUUAUACGAAGGGUGCCAAAGAAGGGUUUGGGAAAUUUACCCUGGUUGUGGACCGUCCUGAGCUCGUCUUGGCAAAAAUGAAUGCUGCAAACCUCAGUGAUCUGAAAUACAAAGAGACAUUCAAUGCUGAAAAGGGUCAUUACAUCGGUUCCGAUGAUACCCCUCUGCUGGCCCAUAGCAGAGAGGUGGCCAAGAACAUCAGUGAGAAACAUUACAAAUUGGAUUGGGACGAGUCUAAGGCUACAGGUUACACGCUGGACCACGAAUUCAUCCCACUGGUCAGAGGCAAGAAGGGCAGGGAGAUUGCUAGCGAUGCCAAAUACAAGGAUGCCCAUGAGAAAGCGAAGGGCCAUUACAUGGCUGGAACACUGGUGGACUUCCCAGAGGUUAUGCGUUGCGGAGAACAGGAGAAGAACAAGGGAUUGAGGGUCUACCACAAGGACUACAAUCAAAGCAAGCUCAAGACCCACAUCCCACCUGACGUCAUUGCUAACCAGGUGGCUAAGCGGUGCCAGGACAUGCUGAGCGACGUCCUGUACCGCACAUACCUGCACCAGUGGACCUGCCAUCCCGACCAGGAGGACGCCAUUCGCGCCCGCAAGACUAAUGAGAUUCUCAGCGAUGUGUACUACAAAGAUGACCUGAACUGGAUGAGGGGUAUUGGUUGCUUUGUCUGGGACACACCCGAGAUUCUUCGGGCCAAGAGGGCCUAUGAACUCCAAAGUGAACUUAAAUACAGAACAGAUGCCAAGAAAGAAUUCAACAAUUACUCCAUUGUGACGGACACACCAGAGUAUGUGACUGCUGUCCUGGGGCACACCUGGGCCAGUGAGCUUACCUACAGGGAGGCUUAUCACAAGGAGAAGCACCUGUAUACCACCGUUCUGGAUACCCACGACUAUGCCAGAUGCCACAACUUCAAACACUUCUUCAGCAAUAAACACUACACCGCUGCCUGGGAGAAAGUCAAAGCCACAGGCUACCAGAUUCCACACGACUCGCAUGCCAUGCAACAUGCCAAACAUCAAAAGAUUGUUCUUAGCAAUGUGAAGUACAAGGAGGAUUAUGAGAGGUUUAAAUCCCUCUACAGUCUGCCCAAGUCAAUUGAAGAUGAUCCUGCCACUGCUCGUUGCCUCAAAGCCGGAAAGCUGGUGCUUGAUCGCCUGUACAGAGACAACUAUGAGAAGACCAAGACCAAGACCCAUAUUCCUCCAGACAUGCUGGAGAUCUUGUCUGCUCGCAACACCCAGAACUCCGUCAGCGAGAUCAAUUACCGCAAGCAUCUGCACCAGUGGAUCUGUAUGCCGGACAUGCAGGUGUACGUCCAAGCCCGCAAAGUCAAUGAACAGCUCAGCGAUGUUUUCUACAAGGAUGAUUUGAACUGGUUGAGGGGUAUUGGCUGUUACGCCUGGGACACUCCCGAGAUCCUCCGUGUCAAACAUGCUGAUACCCUUCAGAGUGAGAACAAGUACAGAGCCAAAGGUAUUGAAGCAUUCAAGGAGUAUUCUGUGGUAACAGAUACUCCAGUGUACGAGACGGCCAAACAGAACGCCCAGAACCUCAGCAAUCUUCACUACCACCUUGAUUACAACACUAAUAUCAAGGGCUCCAGCAGCUCCCCUGCUGUUACCAUUGAAACAGAGAGAGCACGCCAUGCCGACUACAUUCAGAGCGAUAACUGGUACAAAGAGGCCAACAAGCAGGCCAUGCCCACUGGUUACUCCCUGCCCAACGAUACUCCACUCAUCAACCAGGCUAAGCAUAACAGCUUGGUCGCCAGCGAUGUGAAAUACAAGGAAGCCUAUGAGAUGACGAAGGCCAAGUCUUACACUCUUCAUCCAGAGGGCGUCAACUUUGUCAAUGCAAGGAAAGCACAUAAGAUCACCAAUGAUCGUAUCUAUCGCGAGACCUACCACAAGCUAAAGGGCAAGAUCCACACCACUUACGACACUCCUGAUAUCAGACAAGUCAAGAUGAACCAAGCGCACCUCAGUGAUCUUUGCUACAAAGAGAAAUUCUACAACACUAGAGGCCAGCUGAUCUCUCUUCCUAUCACACCUGAACUUUUGCACUGUUACCAUGUCAAUGACAUCACCAGUGAGCUGAAAUACAAAGAGGAUCUGAUGUGGUUGAGAGGCAUUGGUUGCUUCUUGUAUGACACCCCAGAGAUGAACCAUGUCCGCAAUAUCACCAAAUUCAAGACAAACUAUCCAGUGGAGGCCAAGAAGAAUCUUGCUAAGUUCUCUGUGGUUCUGGACACUCCAGAGUACCAGCGUGUGACUGAGUUGAAAACACAUAUGAGCAAUUUGAUCUACAAAGCCCAGAGCAAGGAGGAAAUGGCUAAGGUUUCCACCACUGCAGAUUCUAUGGACAUUACAAGAGUCAAAUGGGCACAGCAGCUGACUAACAAGUACCUUUACACUGAUCUGGCAGCCAAAGAAAGAGCUCAUUUCACCCAAGAAACUGACACUCCACAUACAACCCAUGCCAGACAAAUGAAAGUGGUCUGCAGCGACAACAAAUACAAAGGACAGUAUGAGAAGAUGAAGCACAGGUACACUGCCAUUGCUGACACGCCCAUCCUGGUCCGUGCUAAGAAAGCCUACCUGCAGUCCAGCGAUCUGCGUUACAAGGAAACCUUUGAGCGCUCCAAGGGCCACUACCACACAGUUAAGGAUGCUCUGGACAUCAUCCUCCACCGCAGAGUCACAGAUGACAUCAGUGAGGUCAAAUACAGGGAGAAGUACAUUAACUCUCUGGGUACUUGGAAGUCCAUCCCUGACCGUCCUGAGUUCUUCUUCAACAGAGUGGUUGGUGAUAACAUCAGCGAUAUCAAGUACAAGGAGGACCUGGAUUGGCUGAAGGGUAUUGGAUGCUAUGUGUGGGACACUCCUGAGUUGGUGCAGGCUGAGAAGAAUAAGUCGCUUUACAGUGAGAGAGUGUACAAAUCUUCCUUUGAGAAGAUCAGAGGAAACUUCAAGUACACUUGCGACUCGCCUUUCUUCCAGGCUGCCAAGCAGGCCUCCGCUCUCAUCAACGAGAGAGCCUACAAAGCUAAUUAUCUGAAGACCAAGGAUAAUUUCACCAUAACUACAGAUGACCCUAGGUACCAACUGGCCAGAGAGAACAGGAAGCUGAGCCAGUGGAAGUACAGAGAGCAAUAUGAACGUGCCAAAGACAAGUUUACCUCCGUUCUGGAGACUCCUGAGUAUGAAGCCCAUAAACGCAGCAAGAAGAUCAGUGAUAUCAUCUACAGGAUGGAGUACAACAAGACAAAGGCGAAGGCAUACACUUUGCCUUAUGACACUCCAUACCAGCAGCACAUGAAGAAGGUCAAGGAUAUCACCAGCACCCUGAAAUACCGAGAGGUUUAUGAGAAGAGCAAGUCCCAGAUCAACAUGGACCCUGAGGCUCAUGAUAUCCGUGCUGCUAAGGAGGCCUACAAGAACAUCAGCAAUCUUCAGUACAGGAAGAAGUAUGAGGCAACCAAGAACAAGUGGAUCUGGACAGCUGACAGACCUGACUUUAUCAAUGCUGCCAGAAAUACCUUGCAACAGAGUGAUGUUGAGUACAAGUAUGACAAAGAGAUGCUGAAGGGUUGUGUGAUACCUGUGGCUGAAGACAAAUACACCAGCCUUUACAAGAAGAAUUCUGAGAUGGCCAGUUAUGUCAAGUACAAAGAGAAGUACGAAAAGGGCAAGGGCCACUACGUGCCUAUCCUGGAUACUCCUCAGAUUCUCCAUGCCAAGUCUGUGCGUGCUUUAACAUCUGAGAGUAAAUACAAGGAGGCAGGUAAGAAGAUCAUGCAGUCGGCCUCAUUCAGCACCUUGCCUGAGACUCGGGACACCGCCCACAGCAAGAACAUGAAUAAGCUCGUCAGCGGGAAACUGUAUAAGCAGAAGUUUGAGAAAGAGAAGGGGAAGUCGGUGUAUAACAACAUGACGGUGCCACCUGAUGUUCAGCAUGCCAUGGACGUGGCUAAGAGUCAGAGCAAUGUUGCUUACAAGAAAGAUGCCAAAGCCAACCUGCACUACACUACUGUAGUCGACCGUCCUGACAUCAAGAAGGCCACCCAGGCUGCUAAACUUAUCAGCGACAUUGGCUACCGUGAGAAGGCCCGUAAAGAGGCCAGCCGUGGAGGAUCUCUGGUCAACCGCCCAGACAUCGCCUUGGCAACACACGUGUCCCAAAUUAACAGCCAGGUGGAGGGCCAACCCUCCCUCCAUGGAGCAGCUUCCUAUGAUACCCCCCUGAUGCGCCACAUUAAGAAAAUGAGUGCUGUGACUAGUGAUUUGAAGUACAAGGAGAAGUUCGAUAAAGAGGUCAAGGGAAAGAGACCAAUCUAUGAUAUGAAGGAGAGCAAGAUUUACAAGACGUACAAGGAUGCCAAUGACCUGGCUAGUGAGGUGAAGUACAAGGGUGACCUGAAGAAGCUCCACAAACCUGUGACUGACAUGGCCGAGUCUCUGUCCAUGCAGCACGGGCUGAGCACCAGCAAACUGUCCAGCGACUACCGCUACAAGAAGAAAUUUGAGGAGAGUAAGGGUCAUUACCACAUGAUUCCUGACACACCAGAGCAGCUCCAUCUCAAGGAGGCCUCUGAACUUCAGAGCAACGUUAAAUACAAGGAAAAAUAUGAGAGGGAGAAGGGCAAGGCCAUGCUGGACUUUGAAACGCCCACGUAUGUGACUGCGAAGGAGGCCCAGCACAUGCAGAGUCAGAAAGACUAUAAGAAGGAGUAUGAGGAGCACAUGAGGGGAAAGAACCUCUCGGGCUUGGAGGUCACCCCUGCCAUGAUUCAUGUCAGACAUGCCACCAAAAUAGCCAGUGAGAAAGAGUACAGGAGGGAUCUAGAGGAGGGAGUGAAGGGUAAAGGGCUAACUGUACUGGAGGAAACUCCGGAGCUCUUGAGAGCAAAGAAUGCCACUCAGAUUCUCAGUGAGAGAGAGUACAAGAAGUCGCUGGAGCAGGAGAUUAAGGGCAAGGGAAUGUUGGCUUUGGCUACAGACACCCCAGACUUCAUGAGAGCCAGGAAUGCCACCGACAUCCUCAGUCAGGUUAAGUACAAGCAAACAGCUGAGAUGGACAGAGCGAGCUACACGACCGUCAUCGACACCCCCGACAUCAUCCACGCUCAGCAGAUGAGAAACAUUGUCAGCCAGAAAAAGUACAGAGAGGAGGCUGAGAAGACCAUGUCUCACUACGUCCCAGUCCUGGACACUCCCGAGAUGCAGAGAGUCCGUGAGAACCAGAGGAACUUCAGCACUCUUCAGUACCAGAGUGACCUAAAAAACAUAAAGGGCAAAGUGUCUACUGUAAAGGACACUCCUGAAAUGCUUCGUGUUAAAGAAAAUACAAAGAAUUUCAGCUCGAUUCAUUACAAAGAGGAUUUGGGAGGAGGAACUGCUGUGGCCGAAACUCCUGAGAUGGAAAGAGUUAAACGUAACCAGCGGCACAUUAGCACGAUACAGUACAAGGAAUCUGUGGGUCAAGGCACAGCCAUACCAGAUCUCCCCGAGGUGAAGCGGGUCCGAGAAACCCAGAAGAAUAUCAGUCGGCAUCAGUACAAAGAAGGAGUAGGACAAGGCACGUCGGUGUCAGAGACGCCCGAGAUGGAGAGAGUUAAACGCAAUCAGCAAAAUAUUAGCACGAUAAAAUACAAGGACUCUCUGGGUCGAGGUACUGCCAUACCAGACCUUCCUGAGGUGUCGCGGGUCAAACAGACCCAGAAGCACAUCAGCUCGGUGUUCUAUAAAGACAGUUCAGCCAAGGGAACUCCUGUGGUGUUUACGCCAGAGAUGGAGCGAGUCAAAAGGAACCAAGAAAACAUUAGCUCGGUGCUGUACUCCGACAGCUUCCGGAAGCAGGUCCAGGGCAAGGCCGCCUUCGUCCUGGACACACCGGAGAUGAGGCGUGUCAGGGAAACCCAGCGAAUCAUUUCCGGGGUGAGAUACCAUGAAGACUUUGAGAAGAGCAAGGGCAGCUUCACCCCCACGGCCUCCGACCCCGUGACGGAGCGCGUGAAGAAGAACACGCAGGACUUCAGCGACAUCAACUACCGCGGCAUCCAGAGGCGCGUGGUGGAGAUGGAGAGGAGACGGGCCAUCGAGCACGACCAGGAGACCAUCACCGAUCUGCGCGUGUGGCGCACGAACCCCGGCUCCGUGUUCGACUACGACCCUGCUGAGGACAACAUCCAGUCCAGGAGUCUGCACAUGAUGUCUGUCCAAGCACACAAGCGCAGCAAGGAGCACUCCCGCUCCACCAGCGCCCUGAGCGGCAUGGCGGAUGAGAAGUCUGAGGUGUCUCAGGAUGCCGACCACCACCUGUCUACCUACAGCAACGGCUUCAUGACCAGCUCCAUAGGCUACCAGCAGGCUAAGACUGUGGAGCUGCAGCAGAGGUCGUCCUCUGUGGCCACUCAGCAGACCACCGUCUCCUCCAUCCCCUCACACCCCUCCACCACCGGGAAAACCGUCCGGGCCAUCUACGACUACGCCUCAGCCGACAACGACGAGGUGACCUUCAAAGACGGCGAUGUCAUCGUGAACGUGCAGUCCAUCGACGAGGGCUGGAUGUACGGCACCGUGCAGCGCACCGGCAAGACCGGCAUGCUGCCCGCCAACUACGUGGAGGCCAUCUAGAGAGCGAGCCGCCCGUCCUCCCCAGAGUGGGCGACACACAUCCACGGGGCUGAAUCGUCUUCCUGCCAUCCCUCCGGUGGCUCCACUCAACAUGUAGCUGUAGUUUCCUGUUGCUCUUUAACUGUAUUUAACUUGUGUUGUAAUUCCUGUUGUCCCUAAUACGCUGCUGCCCUGUUUCCUGUGGAUGUGACGCGAGCUUCAUGACGCCACACGUAUAUAAAUACUCCUGAUUCUACUCAACCAGCCUACUAUGAACGACAGAUUCAUCCAGCAUUGUUCCAGGCGCUGCCGUGGAAGAGCACGGCUCGGCUACCGGGAACAUGACCCACUAUUUUGUAUAUGUAAAGAAUUUGAUGUAACGUAACAUACUAUUUUUGUCCAAGCUGUAUCAAGACUAUUCUCUCCUAAGAACGAUGGGCUCCAGUAGUUCCAGUUAUGCCUUUAAUGGAGAUUCUGAUGACUCAGACGUGAGGAGUCGGUCACCAGAGCACUCCUGGAGUGUUGUACGAGACAAGCCUCGGUCUUCCCGCCUUCAUCCUGAAGAAUGGCCACUAAUGAAGCGUGUGUUUUGUUUCUCCCGAUUAUGUAGGUCAUGGCUAGGGCAUGUCCUCUUCCUAUAAUCAGUAGCUAAUAAAGCACACCAAGCUCCUGCA